CCGGGCCGUUGCCAUUGGCAAAGACAAGUUCGACGACUCAGGAGUCAUUCGUCUUUAUCUUAAAGCAAUAGCAAUAACAGCUGGAAGCUUCCAACGACAUGCAGGGGAUUGUCUUAUCAUGAUACGAAUCAAGUUCUCAAACAGUUGCUAUUGAACUUUUGCUCUUUCUAACCCGACAAGUUCGACGAGGAGUCGUUCGUGUUUAUCUCAAAGCAAUAGCGAUAAUAGCUUCCAACGACCUGCUUAUAGCCUUAUUAUGACAUGUUCUAAAACAAUUGCCAGCUUGUGCUCUUCCCAACCCUGACAUGUCUUCAUCAACCACCCCAGUACUUCCCUUUGCGCAAACUCUCGCGACCAUCUCGCGUUUGGUUACCGACCCUCGAUUGUUGAAGCCACGUAUCGGAAUCGUUUGUGGAUCUGGUCUCAGCACCCUUGUCUCGAGCUUGAAGGAUGUGGUGCAAAUCCCGUACUCACAACUCCAGGGUUUCGGAGAGAGCACAGUUGUUGGCCAAAAAAGCAUGCUCGCAUUCGGACUGAUGGGCAAGGAUAAUGUGCCUGUUGUGGCCAUGCUUGGGCGGUUCCAUCCGUACGAGGGCCACAAGCCAAUAGUCGUGACAUAUGGCAUCAGAAUCAUGAAGAGGUUAGGCGUCAAAGAUGUUAUCAUAACAAACGCUGCCGGGUCAUUGACACCAGAGAUACCCGUUGGAACAAUUGUCGUUAUUCGCGACCACCUCGCCCUCCCAAAUCUAACUGGGAUGAACCCCUCAUUCGGACCCCUUAUGUCCCAAGAAUAUGCCCGUUUUAUUCCUCUGGGUGACGCAUACUCCCCUCGUCUACGACGCCUCGCUUUCCUUGCCUCCAACUAUCUUAACUUUGACUCAUCUGCACUGGCUGAAGGAACGUAUGCCUGGGUGGCAGGUCCUUCAUAUGAAACCCCUGCCGAGGGCCGUUUCCUGCGCAAUGCAGGUGCGCACGUAGUCGGUAUGAGCACGAUACCCGAAGUAGUGGCUGCCCGAGAAGAGAAGCUCGAGGUCAUGGUGCUGAGCCUCGUUACUAACACGGUGGUCAUCCCUGAUACCUACAGGAGUAUCAAGGCAGAGGUUGAAGCUGAGCUUGCUGGUCAGCGUGUUGAACUUCCUUCCAUGGCGAUCGCGUCGCACGAAGAAGUCCUGGAGACUGGGAGACAAAAGGCAGAGGUGAUGAGGAGUCUCGUCGAACGCAUCGUCGAGCUUGUCCCGGCAAACUCAUGAAUGGAAUCGGAUAUGUACUGUAAUCAAAUCCACGUUUGAUUCUGAACAGAUUUCGACGUUAAUUGAUGUGCUUGAGAAGAUUUCCCAAG